UCGGACGCUGUCGGUACCUCAGAGAGUCUCCGGUUAACGGGAGCCGGUCGGUGCUUCGCGGCGGUGAUCCGGGGCUGGGACCUCCGUGUGUCUCCGCUGCGACCCGCCAUUAGAGAGUCGAGGAGAGCGGAGCGGACCGGGCAGCGGACCGGGCAGCGGACCGGGUCGGGAGCCUCUGCGGGCCGGACAUGUCGGGCUGCUGGAGGACGAGCCGCGGCUCCGGUUAGCUUCAGUCCGCGGGAGAACCUCAGGUCGGUGUUGGCCGGAGCAGAUUAGAGUUGAGCAGCGCCGUCCUGCAGACUGGGCCCAUGUCCGAGCUGUGGGCCUGAAGCUCGGCCGGCGCCGGACCAGUCCAAUGACCUGCCAGUCCUCCGAGUCCACAGAAACCAUCGAGGGCGACAGACGAGCCGACAACAACUCGAGGGCUGUGGAAUCGGACGAGAGUCGGGUCGCCCUCGCCAUGAAGGACCUCAGGAACACAGGUUGGUACUGGGGGAGUCUGACCGCUAACGAAGCCAAAGAGAUCCUGCAGGACGCCUCGGAGGGAACCUUCCUGGUGCGGGACAGCUCCCAGCAGGACUACCUGUUCACCAUCUCGGCCAUGACGUCGGCGGGUCCCACCAACCUGCGCAUCGAGUACAAACACGGCAAGUUCAAGCUGGACUCGGUGGUUCUGGUGAAGCCGCGGCUGAAGCAGUUCGACAGCGUGGUCCACCUGGUGGAGCACUACGUCCAGCUGUCCCGGACCAGCGACAAGGCGAACUCUGAGCCGGCGGCGGCGGCGGCGCCCAACGGCACGGUGCAGCUGCUGCUCACCAAGCCGGUGUACACCGCCACGCCGUCGCUGCAGCACCUGUGUCGCAUCGCCAUCAACAGGAGGACGCGGCGGGUUCAGGACCUGCCGCUGCCCAACAGACUCAAGGACUACCUGACGGACUACGCCUACAACGUGUAGACGGACGCCGAGCGGCGACGCCCACAUGACCACUGACCAAUCCCAGCAUGCCCCGCUGCUGCACCUGGCCAGGUGAAAGGGACACACAGGAAGCAGCGGCCAUGUUGGGAUGACCUUCAUCUCCGUUGCAGGUGAAGCUAAGUUAGCUGAGGUUAGCGUGAAGAUAUCACAUGACCUCCACACGCAGGUACAGAUGUACCCACAGCUCUGAGAGUUCCUGAUCACCGAUACAGAUCAAUACUGAUCAAUACAGGUCAAUACAGGUCCAUGUUCAACGCCGUCUUUAGCAACUGAUUCCUCUUUAACAAACGCAGCUGCAUUCAAACCAAUGUUCACGUUAUUCAUACGUCGUCUCGUCUGUAAACAAUGUCCGAAGUGUCGUCGUCUUAUUUUAUCAGAAUAAUUAUUGAUUAUUUAUCAGUCAAUCAGCUGUUUGCUGAGUUUCACGGACGACCCUGCUGACGAGUAAAACGUCUCUGGUGGGUCUGUUGUUCUGUCUGUGAUAAAAAUGGCACUUUUUUGAAUGGAGUCUGGUGUACAUGAGAUAGCAUUAGCCUAAACAUGAUAACAUUAGCCUGAUAAUGCUAGUCACAUUGAGCUGCUGUGUUAGGUUUAACAAGAGAAGUGUAGCUAAACCAGCUGCUACAUGCGUUAGCUCAUGUAGCAGCGCCUUUAGCUAGAUGGGCUAAACUAGCUUGUCUAGAUGAAAUGAAUAAUCACCUAUCAAACUAAUCAGCUGAUCGAUCAGCGCCACCUUGGUUAUUUUGUUUUGGUGGAGAAUGAGCUUGUUUCCAGAAGAACUGGACCCACCAGUAGAAGUGACUAUUGAUCAUUAAUUAUUGAUCAUUGAUUCGGAGAACUGAUCGUUUUCUCUUUAAAUCAAACCAACAGCCAGAAACUAAUCAGCUUGAUUUCACUCAUUCUGGUUGGAAACUCUCAGACCAGUAGGUUGUUUUGCUGGUGACGCUCUGAUUGAUUAGCUGAUUGAUCUGCUCCGCUCUAACAACCAAAACAAGCCUGUGAUUGGCUGUCGGGGAACGACUGACCUGAAGAACAGCUUUGAAGUGUGACAGCAGCAGAACUGAGCGGACCUGCUGCCAACAUCAACAUCAGCGCCGCUCGGUUCUACCUGUAAACACCGGCAGCGCUGCGCUCUGAUUGGCCCAUCGACAGCCUGUGACCAUGAACGCUUGUGAGGCGGCGAGCCGAGGUUUCCCGAUCGAUGCGGUGAAAACAAACACGUCCUCCGAGCUGUUGAUGGUUCCAUGAGAACAAACGUCAGGCUGAGUUUGACCCCUGUGGGCUCCUGUAGACUUUGUCCUGCUGCUGUAGUACUCUGCAGCCACGAGCCAAUCACGUCGCAGGAAAACAAAGGCGCAGUGUCACACGAGGGACACGCAGAAAUACCGAAACUCUUACUUUCACAGUUCAGACUGAAAAUCACCAGCGUGAGCAACAUCCAACCAAACUCCAUUCAAAAACCCGUCGUUUUUAGGAUUCCUUAGCGGUCAGCCAUUAGCACCCAGUGGAAGAUAAAAUAUGAGUCGGUUUGAAAACUUUGAGUUUUCUGAUAAAUCCGGCACAUAUUUGAUUCAUCAUGUAGAGAUACAUGUUAGAAAACCUCCUCAAAAAUUCAGCUUGGGUCAAUUAAAGUUUAAGCUAAUUAGCGAGCACUGUAACCACCGUGUAACCUACACAACCAAACCCUGUUCAAAAAGCGUUGGUUUUAAGGUUUCCUGGUUUUAAGGUUUCCUGGUUUUCAGGUUUCCUGGUUUUAAGGUAACUUUGGGUCUCUAUGACCCGAUGGUGUCGGCUGGUAAACUCGGCGGCUGUGUUUGGUGACAAUUUAACCAAACGCUGUGAAACAAUUUCACAUUAUUUGGGUUCCUCGUUAUCUGCUAACUAUUGAAAUCUAAAUCUCUUUGGCCUGUUCUGUAAAUUCAGUGGAAUACGAUUUGUUAUUUUACUCCCCUGCACACGUCCUUUCCUCCUGUGAGCUUUUUCUGUGUUUGGAGACCAGCUAACCAGCUCAACCAGACUCUGUUCAAAAAUCUUGUGUUUUUAGAUUCCAGUGCAGACUGCUGGCGACACAAAUGUGAUAAAAUAUAAACGUUGACUCUGUUUGGAGCUUGCGGGCGUCCCGGUGAUUUCGGGACAGAUUAGCUUCGUCUCGUACUGCUGCUUUUACUUCAAAAACACUUCCUGGAACAUAAACCUUCUAAUCAUGGAGAUGGACCUGUUCAGCUCUCUGUCGUCAUGAGCAGCUUCACCUUUAGACGAAUAAACUCUAAUAAAUUAAUUCCAAACAAACGUGAACUUAUCGAUCUCUGAUCCGAUGAGACUCGCUGCCAGUUUCACAUCAGAUGUGUUUGAGUAGAUAAUUUAAUAAACUAACCGUAUUUAUGCUUUGAGGGGGCGGGGUCAUGUCCUGGUCAUGUGGUCGCUCAGGUAAAGGGGGCGUGUCCUGCUGCUGCUGACCUUCUCUUCUUCUUCUUCUGCCUUUGUCGGCGUACGGAGGCCAGUCAGUGACGGCUUGUUUCCGCGUUGCUUCACUUUCCGGUGAACGAAUCGUCGUCAUCGUCAGAGACGCGGCGGCUCUUUGAACAUAUCGCGGCCGUGGACUGGAGGCCGCAGGUUGAUUUUUUUAACGAUAUUUAUUGAUUGUGUCACACUGUGUUUCUGGUACGUUUUUGUAACGAACGCAUGUUCCGCCUGUAAACGUUGAUCAGCGCCGACCGCCGGAUCAAUAAAGUUUUUAUAUGGUGCUUCA